GCCGCGCUGAGCUGACUGAGCAGACAUGGCAACAACCAGCAGCGACAGCAAACCGGAUGAGCCGCAAACAGAUGGAGGGACGGAAGGGGAUAGAUCCAUGUCGAGGUCAGACAGUGGAAGUGGUGACGAUUCCUUGGAUGGCCUCUCAAACCAUGUCCCCCGCUGUCCUUUGACCCCUUCGCUAUCGCCACGAAAACGGACUACAAGCCAGUCUAAGACAGAGCCUCCUCUGCUGAGGACUAGUAAAAGGACGAUCUACACUGCAGGCAGACCACCUUGGUAUAAUGUCACUGGGACAACCUUCAAAGAAGCCUUCGUUAUAGGUCUGUGUGGAGGAAGUGCCUCUGGGAAAACUACAGUAGCCAAUAAGAUAAUUGAGGCGCUGGAUGUCCCCUGGGUGGUUCUGCUUUCAAUGGACUCUUUCUACAAGGUGUUGAAUAAAGAAGAGCAGGAGUUGGCAGCUAAAAAUGAGUACAACUUCGAUCACCCCGAUGCCUUCGACUUUGAGCUGCUGGUCAACAUCCUGAGAAAGCUGAAGAAGGGAAAAAGCAUCAAAGUGCCAGUUUAUGACUUCACCACUCACUCCAGACGCAAAGAAUGGAAAACUGUGUAUGGUGCUAAUGUUGUCAUCUUUGAGGGAAUCCUAGCCUUCGCCAACAAGGAGCUGCUCAAGCUUCUGGACAUGAAGGUGUUCGUAGAUACAGAUUCAGACAUCCGCCUCAUACGGAGGCUGAAGAGGGACAUAUCACAACGUGGACGGGACAUCAGCGGCAUCAUCAAACAGUACAAUAAAUUUGUAAAGCCAGCCUUCGAGCAGUACAUUGAGCCCACUGUGCAGGUUGCUGACAUCGUGGUUCCCAGAGGUGGAGAGAACUUUGUAGCUUUGGAUUUGAUUGUUCAGCACGUACACAGUCAGCUGGAGAAGAGGAAGAUGCGCUGGGAUAUAUCGGCUCUGGCCUCGGCUCACCAGGGUCAGCCAUUACCCAAAACCCUCAGCGUGAUGGAGAGCACGCCACAAGUCCGUGGCAUGCACACCAUAAUCAGGAACAGGGAAACUAACCGAGAUGAGUUUAUCUUCUACUCCAAGAGAUUAAUGAGGCUCCUGAUAGAACAUGCCCUCUCCUUCCUGCCUCUCAAGUCAGUGUCUGUGGAAACGCCACAGGGUAGCAUCUAUGAGGGGAAGAGGCUGUGCGGUAACAGAAUAACGGGUGUUUCUAUCCUGAGGGCGGGAGAGACCAUGGAGCAGGCUCUGAUGGCUGUGUGUAAAGACAUCAGACUUGGAAAGAUCCUCAUUCAGACCAAUCAUGACACAGGAGAACCAGAGCUUCAUUACCUUCGUCUGCCCAAAGACAUCAGUGAAGACUACGUCAUCCUCAUGGACAGCACCGUGUCCACUGGAGCUGCUGCGCUCAUGGCGGUCAGAGUUCUGCUGGACCACGAUGUAGCUGAGGAUAAGAUCUUCCUGUUGUCCCUGCUGAUGGCUGAGAUGGGGGUCCAUUCGGUGGCCUACGCCUUCCCUAAAGUUCGGAUCAUCACCACCGCCGUAGACAAGGAGGUCAACGACCAGUUCCACAUCAUACCAGGCAUCGGGAAUUUCGGAGAUCGUUACUUCGGCACCGAUGCUCCUUCGGACUGGUGUGAAAGUGACGAGGGGAUGGAGUUCUGAGGAGAGAGGGCCAAUCACGGAGGUGCAGGGUUGUUACAAAAGCACUUAGUCACUGAAAGAAGAAGACAGCCGAUUGGUGCCAUUGAUGUCCUCCUGAACAGUCAGCUGUUGCCGUACAAACUGCUUCGCAUUCACAACGAUAUACUUUAAGGUCAGUUUGGUUAUUAAAGAAGUCAGGAGCCAAAGUUGAAAGUGUUAGCUGUCCUGCAGGAUGUGGGAUGCUUCUAAAAAGAUGAUAUAUCAUUAAGUUAUAAUUUAAAAAGGGGAAACCUAAAGCUACCUAUUGAAAAAGAGAACUAAUUCUGGUGUUAAUAAUUUUGCCAGUGAUGUGUUUUUGUUGCUGAAGUUGCAACCCAUGAGCCUUCAGGGGUGAUGUUUAGAUUUGCAUCAGUUUACUGGAAAAGCUGACCUUCAUAACCUGCAUAAUGUAAAUAAAAUGACUAAUUGACAGAUUUUAAAACCCAGCUAAGUUAACUGGAAGAUCCAGCUAGAGUGACGCUCAGUUAUAAUCAUUAGAUGUAUAAGCAGUUUAUGAAAAUGGUCACUUCCUGGUGCUGGGUCAGUCAAUAAUAAUGUUAUCAUUUGCUUUGCACAUAUACAUAAAGACGAGCGUGGACAGUUUUAGGUGAUGCGUCUGGCCUAGUUAGCGGUGUAGCUUGGUGUUUUUCUGUCCUAGCUUAGAGCUCUCUGUAAGAAUCAGUGUAUUCCAGCUUUGCUCUGCUGCUGAAGCUGCAGCUGUCUGUACUGUAAAACACUUUUAUCUCAGGCGACUUCCACUGAAAGGGACAGCAACGACUCAUACUUGAAGAAGACUGACCGAGUGAAAAGGUGAAAGGGUUUAGGUUUCUUUUUAUUCGGUUACUCUCCUGUUAAAUUGUUUUUUUUUCUCAGUGUCUUUGACUUUAUGCCACCAGGUUCUUGUACAGCAAUAAGAGAGCCAGGAUAUCCCAGUUAGUUAUUUUUUUUAUUGAAGCAAUUUAAAUUUUGAGAUUUUAAACAUUUCUGCCAAGCUUCAGCUGCUAAUUGAAUCAACACACAACUAGGGAAUGCUUUGUACUGUAUUUCUUGUCAGCUCUUGACCUAAAACCCCUGUUACUGUGAGAUUUUAUUGAUUCUCAUCAACAGAAAACAUCUUAAACCAAAUGACAGCAGGGGUCUUUGCUGCUAUAACGUUUUGAUUUAAAACAGAGCUGAAUUCAGAUUUCCCAGAUUUUGAUUGGCUUUAAGUCUUAGUAGCAUUUCACAUGUAAAUGCCACAUACUGCUUCUGUUUGCAGACAUUUUUAAAAAAUGUUUUCUUAUUUAUUUAUUGUAUUGUAUGAGGGGUUCUUCACACAUUCAACACAUCACAGAUGUUUAUUCAAACUGCAUCAUGAAAAUGUUGUUUGCAUGUUAUAUGUUUUCCGUUCUGUACUCUUGUCCAGUGCCGUAUCAUUUUGUUUAAUGGACAGUUUGAUUUGAGAAACACAGAUUUAAAAGCAGUUUAAAUUUAGCUCUUUCAGGUGCUUCAAUGCUUAAAAGCCUCACCUGUGUACCUGCUUUCCAAAGCAUUUCCAAAGCCACAUACGUGCCAUCGUUGCUCUUCAUGUGUUUUGCUUCAUGUAAUGUUGCACCUUGCUGUGAUGGCUGCUCUUCUCGACGUUGAGGUGAAGUAAGAAGCUGGUACCAAAAAGCGAGUAAAGUUGAUGAAGAGGCUUUGGGGAGCAGGAACAGCAGCUGUGUGGAUAUUGUUACACAUGUGCCAAAUGUCCACUGUGAGCAAAACUCUAAAGCCGGGAUGUCAAACAUCAGUUCACAGACCACAAAUGGCCACAAAUAAUCUCAAGUGAGCCAUGCCCGUAAGAUUAUGUAUGUGUCAUCUUUUUCUUCUUCUUCCAGCUGCUUCAAUUCAGGGUCACCACAUCUGCCCCUAUCUCACCCUGUCCCUAGGACACCACACCAGUUACCCCACUCCCUCAUUACUUGUUGUUAAUUUAUAUUUUCUUGUUUAAUGGGUCAUCCGUUUAAAAACUACAUUAUCUGCAUCCUACAAAAGUGUAAUCUCAACAGUAUGCCUCAGCUUUUCCACAUUCACAUAGUCUGUUGUCAUUUCAGUUACCAAUGAUCAAAGUGUUAAUUUGUCUAGAUUUAAAACUAUUAACUUUUCAGAUGUCGUCACUCCUUGCUAGUGAAGCUGAGAUCGCUCCCAGUUUUUACACUUUGUGAAGUCAUCAAAUGAGCCAAAAUGGACCUAGUUCUGGUCCCCCCUGGCUGCAUGUUUGGCACCCUGUGCUCUCAAAUAACUCUAUUUCUUCUGACUUUAUGCAAACUGAGUCAAUAAAAAAGGUCACGUUAGAGCAAAUUACAACAUGUUACUUGAAAAAUGUGUUCUGGGGACGGUAUUGACCUCUCCUUGAGUGAUUUACAGUAUACAUGGAAGCUGGAGAACCUUAACUAACAAUAAGUUGUGUUUUGGUUUCCUGGUAAGCCAUUCCAUUGUCAUAUUUAUGCCAGUUACACCUGUUUGUAAACCAGAAGUCCCACUGUAAUAACUUUUCUUUCUUUUCUUUUUUUUCCAUUUAUCGUAAGUGCCACUUCACUUGAACAGAAUAAAAA